AGACAAGGAGGACACGCCCUUUAGCCUCCAUUGCUGUCAGGACGGUCCCUCUGAUGCAAUGCGGGAUUUUUAGUUGUGAAUUCGGGCGGUGGAGGAGGAGAGGGUGGGAGGGAUGUGUACCCUCCCGGUAUCCUCAGGACUCGGAUCUGUAUAGUCUCUGUGUUCUCCCUGCUGGGAGGCUGUGCUGGCCGCUGCCGCCUGUCAGGAAGGAGAAGAUCCUCCGACACUCCGUCACUAUGGGCUCGGCUGGACUGAUGAUGAUCCUGGUUGUUGUCUUCCUCUUCUCCCGAUCCUGGAGCUCGUCUGUGAUCAGCGCCGACCCUCCCAUCAAUGACAGCCCGGUGAUCGGAGUAGUGGCGCAGGAGAUCCACUUUGAAAACCUGAUGUCACAUGGGAGGUCAUACAUCGCUGCUUCUUACAUAAAGACUCUAGAAUCCGCUGGAGCCAGAGUCCUUCCUAUAAGAAUCAAUUUGCCUAAAGAAGAAUAUGUGAAGAUCUUCAAUGCAAUAAAUGGGGUUCUUCUGCCAGGUGGUGGAGUUGACCUUCAAACUUCAGAAUAUGCAAGAGUGUCCAAGAUAUUUUAUGACCUGGCCAUUGAGGCAAAUGAUCGAGGUGACUAUUUUCCCUUUUGGGGAACGUGUUUAGGAUUUGAACAAAUGACAGUUCUAACAAGUGGGCAACUCCUCUUAACAACAACUCAUACAAAUGGUGUUUUAUUGCCUCUAAACUUCACUGAAAGUGCAUUACGCAGUAGAUUGUUCCAAAACAUCUCCCCGUCUCUGUAUCAAUCGCUGGCAAAGAAACCACUAUCUUCACAUUAUCAUUCCUGGAGCCUGUCAAUGAAGAAUUAUACAGCAACGGCGACACUAAGGAAGUUCUAUAAUGUUCUUUCAACAAACUUCUAUGGCGAUUUGGAAUAUGUAUCCACUAUGGAAGCAUAUGAUUACCCAUUUUAUGGAGUUAUAUGGCACCCAGAAAAGAAUCCAUUCGAGUGGAAGACAUCCUCUGCUAUUUCCCAUACUGCUGAAGCCGUACAAGUGGCUUUUUACAUGGCUGAGUUUUUUGUUAAUGAAGCUAGAAAAAGUCGGCACCAAUACUCUAAGGACGCAGAAACGGCAUACCCAUUAAUAUAUAAUUACUGCCCAGCAUACACUGGAAAUAUCUCCGUCUUUGAACAAAUGUAUUUUUUCUGAACUUAUUAAAUCUUGCUUUAAUGUGCUGCAGCCUGUGGUGAGAACAUAUUUUUGCUAUGCACUUUGUACUUUAUGAUGCCAAUGCAUUAUCACAGGAAAGCAAUAUAAUUUAUUCUUUUAUUUAAUUUUUACAAACUUCUUUCCAACUAAGAGCUGUCAAGUCAAUCCUGUUUUUUAAAAUUUUGACCAUUUCGGUGAUUGAUUGGUGAAGCCACUUGUGUUACUGGUAAGCAAUCGGUAACGCUGAAUGAAUGUAAACCUAUGUUUAAUAUCUGCACUACGUGGAGAGUCCUGUGUCCGCUGUUACUUUUUUUUUAAAUCCUGGAUGGGACUGUUGCAUAAAAUUAAAUGCUGAUGACACUUCA